AAACACUUGCAUUAAGAAGCAGGAAGAGCUUGGUGCAGUGGAAGAUAACAACACUGCAGCUGUAGUAUUGUAUUCUGGGUUCCCUGACGACGUGCACCAUUUGCAUGUUUUUAUUGACUUUGUGUAAAUUCUUAUAGAUAGGGAAUUCCGAUUACUCAGCGCAUAUUACGUGUGCAUAUAUUUUGUUUUUCUGAAAUCCCUCCUGCUAAUUACACGGAAAGUAAAGCGAAACUAAAACUCGACAAAUGGACUCCAUGCAGUGGAUAUCGGAAAAGCAAAAGAAGAAGAGGACGGUACAAGAACCCAUUCUUCACCAAGCCCAUCCCCGAAUAUGAUUCAUCAAAAAGAGACACAUGCUGCAAAUAUCUGAAAUUUACGACAAUGUCUUCGCGAGAGGGGAUCAAAACUUACUCUAAUUCAGAACUUGAGGAUUUUAUAAGUCUUCCAGUUCAUGACACCUUGAAAAAUCCCAUUUGGUCGGGGAGGCGAUUUCAAGAGACAAGUUUGGAUUUUAGCAGUACAGAAAAUGCUUUAUUAUUCAUGAAAGUUUUCACAAAAAUUGUCACUUACGACGAACCUUCAUUACAAAUUCAGAUCAACAAAAUUCUUUCAGAGGUUGCAAGUGACAAAUAUUUCUCAAAAAUAAUUGGACUUUUGAGUAGAAUUGAAGCAAGGUCGUCGGAAGUUAGUGAAGAAUGGUUAGAAAUAUUUGAAAAUAUAACUAAAUUUCUCCAACAAUUGUGUAGCAAAAUUCCAACUUCUGCUUUGGGAUCCUUGGGAUUGUGUACCUAUUUGAUUAACAUAAUUCCGAGACUUGUAUCAGCAUGCAGUGAUGAAACGUUGAACAACUGUCUACUAACCAUACAAUCUGACGCUGAGGCUAUCCAAAGAAGCAUUUCCCAAAACUUGAUCAGACCUCAAAUAGAAAAAAGAAAACAAAAACAAGAUCGAAGGAAACCGCCAAACGAUUUUCGCGAGAUACCCAUUCUUCCAACCAGAGAUGAUAUUUUCUAUAAACCUUUCCUGAGAAAAAAUUUGACGGAUGGAUAUUACGACAACUUGGACCAUUAUUUAGAUGUCCAGUUCAGACUUCUAAGGGAGGACUGCAUUGCACAGUUGAGAAGUGGCAUAUUUGAAUACAUCCAGGCAAAGAUCAUACAUGCAAACAGGGAAAUAAGAAAAUUGCAGGAUGUCAAGCUAUACAAAAAUGUAAACAUUGUGUCCAAAGAAACAUCAAUUAAUGGCCCAUUGUAUGAAAUCAGAUUAGACCCACACCAUGUUGAUCGCAUAAGGUGGGAAAGAAGCAAACGAUUAUUGUACGGUUCACUGUUAUGCCUUUCGCCCGACGACUUUGACACACUAUAUUUCGCCGCGAUCGAGAACUCUGAUCAUGACAAAAUUAAAAGCGAUUGCACCAUAAAAGUAAGGAUGCGAAAAGAAAAAGGUCAGAAAGAGAUUCCUAUGAAUUUACCAAUGACAAUGGUUGAGAGUACAGCAUAUUUUGAGUCGUAUAGACAUGUUUUAUCCUCUUUGCAGACCCUGACGGAAGAUGAUUUACCAUUUAAGCGAUACAUAGUGGAGGGUCAGAAGGACAUGAAACUCCCAUCAUACAUAGAGGAAGAUAAACAGAUAGAAUAUGACCUAGGACCGAUUAUCAAUAAAGAUGUCAUAUUUAAAAGAUCUGAACGCAGGGAUAAUCAAAUUACAUGUAGGUUACUAUCGGACGAAUGGCCAUCAGCAGAAGAACUUCAUCUUGAUAAUUCACAGUUUCUAGCAUUGAAAUAUGCUCUAACAAGAGAGUUUGCUGUUAUACAAGGUCCUCCUGGUACAGGAAAGACGCACGUAGGUUUGGAAAUAGCAAAAGUCUUGUUACAUAACAAAAAACAUUGGAUGAAUGAAGAACAAGUUUAUGAGACGUUUCAAUAUAGGGGUCGUUUUGGAAGACGCGCUCCCCUUCCCAUCGCAAAUGAAACUUCUUGUGCAAUGUUGAUAGUCUGUUAUACAAAUCAUGCCUUAGAUCAAUUCAUGGAAGGCAUCAUAAAAUUUUUGGAUCCAGCGUCUGAAUUGCAAUGGGGAUCUAAACUUGUACGUGUUGGUUCAAGAUGUUCAAACCCCCAAAUUGAAAAAUUUUCAUUGAAGAACAAAAGACGAGAAUUACGUCAUUUAGAAAUCAAUCACGAAAUAUAUUUAAAUCAGCUAAAGGAAACAUUUAGAAAAAUAUCUGAAAUUAAAUGGAUGUUGACAAAAUCUAUCCAGAAUGUAUUUGGUGAGGAAAUUUUGAGUCCUUGGGUCGAAGAGGUUGACGAUCUGUUAAAAAACAGUCGUAAAUUCAACAUGCUUAAGUGGUUGAAAAUUGACGUGGAUUCGUUGCGCCAGAUUGCAUUCAAAGAUUAUGAAAAAUUUGAAGUCGCAAAAGCAGUAGAAGAAAAUGAUGUCGCAGUCGCAGCAAAGGGUGAAGAGAUGGAAAAAAUAAUAAUCGAGACAGAAGCUGCACUCAUCAACGCUGAAAGACAUGUUGAAGACGAUGACUUUGAAGUUGAAUUCAAAUUUGAUGAAAUUGGGGUCAGCAUGGAUUUGAUAGCAAAAUCAGUUUUGGAAAAUGGUGAAUUUGACAAAACAUUUGAAAAGCUAUUAAAAGAUCACACAAGGAAAGCAAAAUUGAAGAUUCUAAGUGACGAUAUGAUGGAUCCGCAUGAGGUUGAAAGGACGGUUAAAAAGCCGUGGAAAAUGAAUGUUAAUCAGAGGUGGAGAAUGUAUAGAUACUUUAUUCAUAAGAUGCAACAAAAAGCCAAACAAAUGCUUAGAGAGGAGGAGACAAAAUAUGAUGAAAUUCAUGAAAAUUAUUCACGUGAAAAGCAAAAGAUCGAUCGUGAAAUUUUAUUACACUCGGCGAUUAUUGCAAUGACUACUUCAGGAGCAGCAAGGUAUCAAGAUGUAUUGAGAGAAGUUGGACCUCGAGUAAUCAUUGUUGAGGAAGCAGCUGAAGUGUUGGAGGCACACAUUAUUGCAACGUUAAAUCCAAAUUGCGAACAUCUUAUUUUGAUUGGCGACCACAAACAAUUAGAGCCAAAACCUGCAGUGUUUGAACUGGCUGAAAAAUAUAAUCUGGCUCUAUCGAUGUUUGAGAGGAUGAUAAAUCUAGGCUUACCUUACGUUUGUCUUGAACGGCAACAUCGGAUGCGUCCAGAGAUUUCGCAAUUGGUUCGCCCUGUGUAUGGAAAACUUGUAGAUAAUGAAAAUGUUUUUGAAUAUGAACAUGUCAAGGGUAUUGAAAAAGAUGUUUACUUUAUAUCACAUAGUAAGGAGGAAUCCAGAAAGGAAGAGACUCAAAGCUACUGGAAUGACCAUGAAGCUCUUUACAUUCAAAACCUUACACGUUAUCUGCUCAAACAGGGAUAUACAACAAAUCAAAUUACAGUCCUUACACCAUAUUCAGGUCAAAUGUUUCGGAUUCGAGAUCUUAUGCCUAGGAGUGAAUUUGAAGGCAUUCGAAUUUCAAUACUUGAUAACUAUCAGGGAGAAGAAAAUGACCUUGUUCUUUUGUCUCUUGUCAGAAGUAACAAAGAAGGCAAAAUUGGCUUCCUAAAUCGAGAAAAUAGAGUGUGCGUAGCUUUAUCCAGAGCAAAACAUGGCCUCUAUGUCAUUGGAAAUUUUGAAAUUAUCCGGAAGUUUUCUUAUCGAUGCAAGUUGUGGGGUAGAGCUAUUAAAACGAUGGAGAAAAAUGGAUCAAUUGGGAAGGGCCUGCCACUGUACUGCAGAAAUCACAAAUCAACUCGCAUACAAGCCGUAAACCAUGAAGAUUUUCGGAAAGCACCCGAGGGAGGAUGUUCCCUUCCUUGUGAUGUAAGACGAAAUUGUGGACAUGCAUGUAAUCUCUUUUGUCAUCCAAGAGACCCUUAUCAUAAGGAAAUAAUAUGCGAAAAGUCUUGCUCAAACGUUUGUGAACGUAACCACAAAUGUAAGAAAUCGUGCCAUUUCCCCGACGAUUGCAUGUGUGAUGUUAAAGUGGAAAAAACUUUGCCUUGUGGGCAUACAUUAACAUUACCUUGCCACAUGGAUCCGGAUAUAAUCAAAUGUAAAGAACGGGUUGAGAAAGAACUUCCUUGUUGUCACUCUGGUGUUAUGGCUUGCUUUGAAAAUCCUCUCGUGUUCAUUUGUAAAGUUGUAGUUGAGAGAGAAUUGAACUGUGGACAUGUAAAGGAGCUACCGUGCAAUGUCGAUUUUAAGAAUUUUAGAUGCAAUGUGAUUGUCCUCAAAAAACUUAAAUGUGAACAUGACGCAGAGAUGUAUUGCUGGAGGAGUCCUUAUAGGUUUAAGUGUGACAAGAUUGUUCAUAGAGUAUUGAGUUGCAAUCAUGAAAAAGAUUUGGAGUGCCAUAUUGAUGUGAAAUACUACAAGUGUAUGGAAAAGGUGAUUAAACAACUUCCAUGUUCCCAUGAAUGUGAAUUGCAAUGCCAUGAGAGUGUUGACAUUGUUAAAUGCCAGGAAUAUGUCACGGAAAAAAGAAGGCUCAGUUUAUCCACCAAUACGUUAUUACUACGAGUCCGUUAUAUCAGCACAUCACAAUCUAGUUGUGAACAUUUUUACACCAGAAAAUGUCACGAAAAUGCAUUGCUCUUUCAAAGAAACAACCCCUGCAAAGAACUUAUCAAAAAAGAAUUGGCAUGUGGGCAUGAGAUUGAAAUUGCUUGUCAUAGACGGAAUGAUGAAAUUCAAUGUCGAACGAUGGUAAUGACAAAUUUCCAAUGUCAUCAUGAAAAUAUAUCAGUGCACUGCCACUUGAAAGGCGGUAAAAAAUGUCAUUCUAGGUGUGGACAAUUAUGCGAAAUGAAACACGAAUGCCAGCAAGAAUGUCAUUUCCCAGAUCCAUGCACUUGUAAAGAAAAUGUGAAAAAGCAAAAGGAAUGUGGUCAUAUAGUAGCUACCAAGUGCUAUAAGGACGUAUCAAAAAUAGAUUGUGAAGAACCGGUAGAGUACAAGUUGCAAUGCGGACAUGUGAAAAUUCUUGCUUGCAAGGUUGAUAUCGACAACGUUCAAUGCAAUACAAACGUUGUAAAAAGAUUAAAAUGUCAGCACACUCUUUCUUUACCAUGCUAUAUGAACCCCGAUAAUCCAAGUAUAAAAUGUUCAGCAAAAACAAAGAAGGUAAUAUCAUCCUGUGGACACGAAGUUUUGACCCAGUGCUAUAAAAAUCCCGAAUCAGAAACUUGCAAGGAAAACGUUAUCAUUGCUCGACCAGACUGUGGACAUGAUACAGAAAUAUUGUGUAACUUGAAGAAAAGGUUACAAGCUGGCUCGAUAAAACUCGAUUUCGUCCUAUCAAAAUUGUCAUUAUGCAAAACUCCUGUGAUUGUAAAGUUGGCAUGCGGACAUUCGUUAAAGACAUCCUGUUCGAAGCAAGAAACGAAAAACUUUCAAUGCAAGGAACCAUGUACAUCGGUCCUUUCAUGUGGUCACUUGUGCAAGGGUUCUUGUUCAGAAUGUAAAAGUAACUUUCAUCAUAAAGAGUGUCAAAAGAACUGUGACAAAUUACUCGUUUGUGGUCAUCAGUGCAAAAGUACAUCUUGUGGAGGAUGUGUCCUAUGUCCUAACUCGUGCAGUUUUGGGUGUUCUCAUUUUACAUGUACUCACCCAUGCAAACAAGUCUGUGAAUUGUGUACAAAGCCCUGCGAUUGGACGUGUAUUCAUUACAAAUGCUCGAAACAAUGUUUCGAAGUUUGUGAUCGCCCAAAAUGUAAUGAAAGGUGCACGACAAAAUUGACAUGUGGUCACCAGUGCGUUGGAUUCUGUGGAGACCCCUGUCCCAAACUUUGUAAGAAGUGCAACCAUAAAGAAGUAAUGAGAAUUUCAAAAGUCAAAGGAAGUCUCUUCGUUCAACUCCAAGAUUGCGGACAUAUCUUCGAUUCAAAAUUCAUUGAUGAGUACAUGGAAAGUGUGAUUGACGUAUUUUCAGUAAAGCAGUGUCCAAAAUGUUCUAGAAUUAUCAAAUGGCAUCCACGAUAUCAUAUUCAGCUCAAGAAUCAAAAUAUCAUUCUUAACAAGAUUAGAAGCACGAUUGAUUCCGUAUCAAGGAGGUUACACGUCUCUGUAUUCCCUCUACUUGUCAGUGAUGGUGAAAAUUGUUUUGACUACCUAAAAAAGUUCGGGACAUUUUCGGCUGCAAAUGAACAAUCUCUACAACAAGAUAAUGAAUAUUUACUGACGUCAGCAAAAAGCAUGCUGCAGUCCUUGAAGCAUUUAAUUCAGCAGAAAAAUCUAGGAAACCAAGCUAUCCAUGCUAUUUAUGCAAAAAUAGAAGUUAUAUGUGCGUUUUGGAAAUUAUUCAUUGUGAUGCACUGUAACGAAUUUUCGGGAGAAGAAGAAUCAACGCAAUAUUUAGGAAUUCCAGAGACGGAAACUUCCAGUAAUUCUGAUGAUGAUUCAGAGGACGAUUACAACAAUAGUACAAGCCAACCCAAUGCAGGCAAGCAGGAUCCUGUUAAUACGAAUAAGGAAGAAGUCUUCAAUGUCAAGUCAAGAUGUAAAGAAUAUGCAAGAUUCAAACGUAACUUAGACGUCUUGCAAGAUGCCUUUGUUAGAUAUGAAAAUGGUGAUGAAAACUGGGCAAGAAAUAUUGAAGGGAGGCUGAGAUAUUUCAUGCCUUUUCUCACGGAUAUAGGAAAAGCAUGGACACUUACAGCUGACAAGUUUCCUAGGCUGAUUGCUGCAGUUGAUAUUCAUGCUGAAACCUGGGAAAUGUGUAAACAUGGUCACCCCUUCAGCUCUGUGAACGGAAUUAGUCAUUGCAUUACCUGCUAUGGAUUGGAUAAAAUUUCACUGCAAACGUUUCAAAUUCCAAAAACAGAGAUAAAUAAGCCUCGCCAUGAUGACUAUAGAGCACAAGGUGCCCGACCAAAAACUCAGAGAAAUCAGGACGAAAAGUGGCAAGUGUCUUACAAACAGAGCAGUUAUGAUAAGGGGAAGAGGAAUCAAAGACAGAAAAAAGGUUCCUUUGGAGACGACAGAGAACUCCAACAUGAGGGUCAGUUACCUGGCAAUAAGAAGACCCAGAGUGAAGGAGAAAGUGGAAAUGAGUUUUUAAAUCGUUGGAACCAAAUAUCUUCAAGUCAGGCUCAGAUAAAUUUGGAGACAUUUUCAGGAAAUAUACAAGAACGAAGAGAGACCGCGAAAUCAAGUCAGUUAAGGAGAUUUGGUCGAGCAAAUGACUUUAACCAGCAAUUUCAAGAAAAUCAUUCAAGAUACAACCAAAGGAAUGUAUAUGCAGAAAGGGAAACUACGAACCAAUCUAUCGUUUUGGAUGGAAACUGGACAGGAAUAAAUAAAACAACCUUUGAACACGAAUACGAACCGGUACAUCAAGAUCACGGGCGAGGAAGAUAUGAACAGGACCAUCGAGGAAAGUGGAGAGGAAGAGGGUAUGAACAGAUGCCUCGAGGAAGAGGAAGUGAUCAGGAGUCUCGAGGAAGAGGUGGAAGAUUUGAGCAGGAGUUUCGAGGAAGGGGAAGCAGAGGAUAUGAUCAGGAGUCUCGAGAAAUGGGAAGAGGAUAUGAUCAGGGGUCUCGAGAAAUGGGAAGAGGAUAUGAUCAGGGGUCUCGAGAAAUGGGAAGAGGAUAUGAUCAGGGGUCUCGAGGAAGAGGAUAUGAUCAGGGGUCUCAAGGAAGAGGAUAUGAUCAGGGGUCUCGAGGAAGAGGAUAUGAUCAGGGGUCUCGAGGAAGAGGAUAUGAUCAGGGGUCUCGAGGAAGAGGAUAUGAUCAGAGGUCUCGAGGAAGGGGAAGGGGAGGGAGGUGGUCUAGACGAGGUGGAAGAAGAGGAGGACGAUAAAAUUCUGCUUUAAUGGAAAAUGAACAAGGAUUUGUGCUUUAGAUUUUCAUGCGCACACUGUUGGAUCAGUUUUGUAUAUAUUUUACAUGAAGAAAUUUAAACAUUUAUAUAUAUAUAUGUUUAUGUAAACUUCAUGAACACAUAAGUGUCCUCUGCUGUUAAUUUGUUUGUUUAACCAUGUGACUCAAUUUUCCCAUUAGCUGCAAAUAAUAUAACAAUAUCGCUAAGUGUGUCUCUCAAGGUCGAAUACCAGUAAAUGCACACACACACACACAUACAGAAACACACACGAUUUUUUUCUACGCUUCCAAAAUGUAAUAAUUUCUUAUAUAUACUCUUAGAGUUAUGUCUUGAGGAACUCCUGAAAUCAUCAAAUGAAUUAUCUAGGACUCAUCCUUUCGAAAAUCGUGAUUCCAGGGCUGGUUGUGACAAAAUCAUGUCAUUGCUUGUCAUUUAAAAAUUAAUCGAUGGGAAUGAAUUACCGAUUUGAAGUCGGUAGUAUAUAUUUGAUUAUAGAAUAUGGAAUAUAAACUCUGGCAUACAGAUUUUAGGAAGACUGUUUUGACAGACCGUCAAACCUGUGAAGCCCGACAGAUGAAGAUGACCGACUUCUUUAAGAAGUAAAGUAUAAAUGAUUAUGCUAGUUACUAAUAUUUUUUUUUUUGGUUUACAUAUAGUACUUCAUUAUUUGUUUUAGUACAUGCGGUACACAGUUUUGUAUAUUUGUUUGUAGUGCUACAUGUACAACAUAAGCAUAUAGAAAUACACUGUAAUGUAUAUUUUAAUAUUAGCGCUUUGAAAUGCAUGUAAAUGUUAAGAUUGUAUAUUGUUUAAAUUCCUUCUCGAGAAUAUUUCACUCAUAUGGAGACGUCACCAAUGCCGGUGAAGGGCUGCAAAAUUUAGGUCUUUGCUCGGCACUUAUGGCCAGUGAGCAGGGAGGGAUCUUUAUCGUACCACACCUGCUGUGACACAGGACCUCGGUUAUUGCAGUCUCAUCCGAAGGACAGUCCUAUUUAGUCACCUCUUACGACAAGCUAGGGGUACUGGAGACCUAUUCUAACCCGGAUCCCCACGGGAUUAAAUGUUAAGAUUAUUGUGAUUUAUAUACAUAUGUGGAAUUAAAUGGUGAGAUGUGUUUAAUUCACUACACAUCAAUAUUAAAGUAAGCAUAUUGGCUACUUAUAUGAAGAUCUAUAAUAUGCGUUUCAGUUAUCCGGACGCCUCAUUUAUCCUUACGAUUUUGUUAGUAACCAAAAUGUCCGGAUUAAUGAGGCUCCACUGUAAUGUAUCAUCAAUUAACUUCCUUGUGCUGAGUGAGUGUGUUGUAUGCAAGCAAUGCGUACCCAAGGACAUGGACAGACUGACCAAUAACUACAUGCGUAUGCACGACUGGUUCUAACUCGCGCCAUAUUCCCGCCACUGCCUUACCGAUCGGACACUCCCUGCUAGUCACAUGGGUAGGACAGAUCAGUUAUUGCUUACAACAAAAUGUGUAAUAUAUUCAGAACUUAUGUCCCGAUAAGAUUCUAUUCCAUGUGUUUAGUUUAAAUGUCUAUGUCUUAUUGUGCUGUCUGUGUAAAAUCGUUUAUUUGUUAUAUUAGUACUUUAAUUUCAAGCUUUAUGUUAUGAUUGUGAUUUAAUGAAGUGAAGAAUCAUGAAAUACCCAAAAAGAUUGAGAGUCUGAUAUCUUUACCACGGUUACAUAUAAUAUAUAUAGUAUUAUUUACUAGUAUUGAUUAGUAUACAGAAAUGAAUGAUAACGUAAUUAUUGUUGCUGGUUUCAGACUAAUUAUAUUUAGUAUCAAUAAAUUACAGUGAAAUGUG